AUGUUGAACCAAGCCCGAUGGCUUAUGCUCGCUAUAUCGGCGAUGCUCGCAUUGCAGUCGCGUGGUGAAGGGGGAAUUAGACUACCAGAUCAACCACCACAAGAAGAGGUCGCCGGGAGGUCAUUGAACUUCAAUGACAAUGGACGAUCUCCGCAAGCGCAGGGACGCGGCCUUCUCGAUUGGAUAGGUCUUGGUGAAGACCAAGACCCUUACAUCCAACAGGCGACCCAGCAAUGCAUAAACGGAGAUCUAGCAGAUUGUUUCAAAGCUCAAGCAUUGAGAUCCUUUGACGAUUUCUUCGACAAACAAGCUUAUCAAUUAUCUGACAACGCAGUCCUCGUGAAGGUGGAAUCUCAAGCAAGGGCACUAUCACACGAACCACCGCAGCUUAGUUCUCAGCCCCGGAGUGAAGACUCUGACUGGGACGCGCUUGUCAAGUUUGGGAUGAGGAAAAUUGAAAGGUUUCUUCGGUCAACGGCUCUAGAGAUGCAGCUUGACAAUGAAGUGACAUCUGAUGGGGUGAUAGCGCCUCGUUUUAUCGACGAAAUCGCUGACGAGGUGGACAUAAUCGAAGACAAAAAGGCACCUUUCCGCCGUCAUAAAUUAAAGAAGCUUAUCAUUCCAAUGCUGUUAAUUUUAAAGUUGUUCAAGCUGAAGUUGCUUCUCUUCUUGCCUCUUAUUCUGGGAUUAGCUAGCUUCAAGAAGUUCCUUGGAUUCAUGGCGCUUAUAGUACCAGGUGUAAUCGGCUACUUCAAGUUCUGUAAGCCAAAUUUGACGUCACCAUUUUCUUCAAAUCAUUACUCAGCACCGCAAUAUUCUCCAGCUGGGAUAGGCCUUGGUCCGUACAGAGAACCCAAUCAUUAUGGGCAUUACGAGACUUAUGCUGGACACAAAUACGGCCAACCUUCAGGAGGUAUUCUGUUUCGAGACCAUGAAUCAAACCCUCAGGACUUAGCUUAUCAGGGUUGGGAAUAUAGGAAUAAGAAAGGAUCUGAAGAUAUAAAGGCCGGCGAUGCUUGA